CUCUGAUAUUCUUACGGCCUGCAGUCACGAGAAAUUCUCCCGGUAGCCACAUCCUGUCGGCAACACGUCCAUUACACACGUCCAUUAACGACCAGUGCCACCGGUUUCCUACGCUUUACCCAGUCGGCGUUUCGGUCCGUACAUCGCAGCUCCCAGUUCCACAAUGAGCCCAAUGGACACGACAGUAUCACUGCCGCCUUCGUCCGAUGGUUCGCCCGAGUUCGUGCCAGCCAUAUCCGGAACUAUCUUGCCUGCUGCCGUGCACAGCUCUUCUUCUCGCCUCAUACCGGACUCUCCUACAGUCUUUCCCAAUAAAGCGGAGCUCAAUGGCCCACUGCACGUGUCAACAAAUCAACCCAAUCUUUCUCCGCCUGCAUAUUUGGAACCGGAUGCUAUCGACCCUUCAGCUGUCAUUCAUUCCACUUCGAGUACCAUUUCGGAUUUUGCAUCCGGAUGUUCGCUCUACGUUCCUACUUCCAACUUUGAAAACGACAUGCCUGUAGCGGGCACCGCUGCCUCUCAUGCACCUUCCCUUUCUCCUCCCACUCACACCCGGACGCCCCCUCGCAUACAUACCACUGCUCCUGCAUUCAGUACUACCCCCACAUCCUCUUUACAGUCUGCUCUUGAGCCAGUGACACCGGCUCGAAGUCGUGCAAACACUAUCGGCUCUUUUGCUCCCAGUGUUAUGAUGAACUUGGCUACUCACCAACCUCCCAUCGGUCUGUUCCCUUCAGCACACAAGAACGGCAAUUCACUGCUUGCUGAAAGCAUGUUACAAGAGAUUGCCCAUAACGCAGAAACGGCUGGUCAAGCUUGUAGGAUGCAGCAGCCCCAGCGUGCUCAUUCACUUCUCGAAGGCCUUCGAAGCAAGCUUUCGGUCGUGUCAGACUUGAUUUCUAGCCUCACUGACGUUUCUUUGUCGGAUUCGAAGCUCGGAACGCCGUAUGGUAACGAAACUAAAGUCGACUACUUUUCUCCGCCACCAUCAUUACCGUCCAGCGGCGAUCCGGUCGUUUCAUUCCCAAUUAUUUCUUCGCCAUUAUUACCAUCAUUGGUUGGCGCAGAGGAGCGGCGCAAACGGUGUGCUUCCACUUUGGAAGAGGAACGACCUGUCAAGAGUCUCAAGGCCGAGCCGCAGGACAACACUCCUCUGUUUACUACUCCAUCGGCUUCCCUUCCUUACCAUGUCAACAGCCUUCCCCAAUCUCCCCCGCCUUCUCGACCGGCAUCCCCGCCCUUCAUGUUCACUGCAGGAAAACAGCAGCCCUUACCACCAAACUACAACGUGUAUACAAGUUCCUCAGAUCUGUUCUUGAAUAGCCCCACCCAACCGUCGCUGCCUCCCCACCGUACCUCGUGGUCAGAAAGUAUCGUACCGACGCGACACUCACAUUCAUUGUCUGCGAGCGCUAUUGGCGGUCUGGGUACUCCCGCGGGUGAUGCCGGCAUUCCGAGGGUACCUCCGUAUCCCGGUGCCAGUGCCCCCGUCGGUCGGAUGACCCGCUCUGGCUCAAUUGGCGGCGCGUUCGGUACUCCCUUCCCCUCUUUUGAUUAUGCGAAGCACUUUGGUGGUGAUACAUGGCCUACUGCUCCGGCACAGGAUGCUUUUCCCGUUUUGCCGCCUUUGAAACGGUCGGGCAACAGCUAUGACAGUUCCCUGCCGACGACCUCGCAUUUCGCUAGACGUGGUUCUCACGAGUCCCAUACUCGGGAAUAUGAUGAAGCACCUGAAGACGAAGAUGGCGAUGAUGAUGACAGUGAAGAAUCUCCCCCGAGCAAUAAUCAUCAUUUGACAUCACCAGAUCACACAACUUCAUCAGAUGUCCCUCAGGAGUAUCGUUCCGAGGUUGACCGUAUUUUUUUCGAAUACCUGAAUAGGAUAUGCUCUAAUCUCGACGCUACUGAUUCGAAAGGUGAAGCAAUCCAUCAAACUCUCAUGGCGAAGAAAAUGCAGCGGCUAGAUGAAUCGCCUGAUUUCCGACCAUUUAAGUUCCGCAUCCAGGCCUUUACUUCGGCGUUCUUGGACGAGCUGGCGAGGCAAGGAUAUCCGGAAGACAAAAUACCGAUGAAAAAAGUACGAAAUUACCUUUGGCGGCAACCCCACAUCUUGCGCUUCAACGAGGAUGGGAAAAAAGCGAAGUCUAAAGGGAACCACAUUUGGAAUGUUGAGGCGAAGAAGAUCGGGGAUGGGAGAUGGGAAUUCCGCCCUUUCUACCGCAAGCUGGCGGGCACACCUCCCAGCGUCGCAUAUUGCGGUCUACGCUGGCAGUGGACACCGAGGGUAUGGGAUCCUCAAGCAUCUUGGCAGAAUGUUCCGGUACAUUACAGCUCCCCGUACCUGCCUUCUUGGCUAUCAUGGAAGGAGGACACACUAAGCGGAAUUCCACCACCUGACGCUCAGAGCUGCGAAGUUACUGUCAACGCAAUCUUCAAUGUAGAUGGUCAAGAGGGACAUUUGUCUCAUAGGUUUACUUUGAAUAUUGCUCCAGUAGCCUCGGUCGAGUCAUCAUCAUUUGGACGUUCAUCGGCCGUUCAUGAUAUGUCUGGCGUAAAUGACCUAGGCAUGGCGGGUCAACGUCAUUCCACACGUACAAACAACAGCGGAUCAGACGAUACUCCAGCUCGUGUUGUCACCGUGCUUCAAAACGUUGCGCAACGUGUGGCCGAUGAAACUACGCACAUACAACGUUCCAGCCCUCCUUCAAAACAACAGGAUUUGGGUGACCUUGUGAAGCAGCAGCGCGUUCUUGAACACACGAUGAAUGCAUACGACAAGGCCAUGACAGGGCCCACUCAUUCUGACACUCAACGCUUGGCUCGGGCAGCCGCGCAGAUCGUGGCCGAAGCCGCACAAACAGCCGUCGCUCCUAUGGCUGCAGCUGCUGGCAUGAUCCCCACGGAUGCUAUGGCUAUCCAGUCGGCCUCUGUCAGUGAUAUGUCAGACGGAGUACAAGGCGCUCUUGCUGCAGCUGUGAAAAUGGCAGGACAUGGCUCUAACGAAGUCGACGUCAUGAUGACGACGCAAUCUCUCCUUGCUCAGUCACGGCGAAGUCCAGGAGACAUGCUCGAGGCACGCCAUAAUAUGGUUGGAAGUCAUGUAAGCGGCGUGUCUCUACCAAAUUCUCAGACUGUGUCUGUGUAUUCGUCGGCGCUUCCCAUUUAAGAUGGUUAUUUCUGGGGUAUAUAUUAGGGAAUAGGUGGUUUUUCUUCUUGUCUUUCCUGGGGUUUCAAGCUUUGUUUCUUGGUUUUCGACGGGACUAAGCAUCGUAUGUCCGUAACAAAAGGUUCUUUAGAUCACGACCGCCACGAUACUGAUUACGCCCAAAAUAAAAUGUUUGUAAAGUAUCAAUUCAAUGAAAAGGUGUAUCACACAUUGUACAGGUUAGAGCAUCAGAGUCAUUUAACAAGGUACACAUUCCGCAGGAUUUCUGUUCGACUCCGCUGCUCUUUGGCGGAGUCUCGCUCUGU